AUGGAGAUGCAAUCGUACUACGCCAAGCUGCUGGGAGAGCUGAACGAGCAGCGCAAGCGGGACUUCUUCUGCGACUGCAGCAUCAUCGUGGAAGGGAGGAUCUUCAAAGCGCACAAAAACAUCUUGUUCGCCAACAGCGGCUACUUCCGAGCCCUGCUCAUCCACUACAUCCAGGACAGCGGGCGCCACAGCACCGCCUCGCUGGACAUCGUCACCUCCGAAGCCUUCUCCAUCAUCCUGGACUUCCUUUAUUCCGGGAAGCUGGAUCUCUGCGGGGAAAACGUGAUCGAGGUGAUGUCCGCAGCCAGCUAUUUGCAGAUGACCGACGUGGUCAACUUCUGCAAGACCUACAUAAGGUCGUCGUUAGAUAUUUGCAGGAAAAUUGAGAGAGAAGCUGCUUUCUACCAGGCUGACAGCGGGAGCGCCGGCUCUGCCAGAGAGGGCACCUCGUACAGCUCCAAGAGCCAGUGCUCGGCCCCUGCCUCUUCCCUGCAGGAGAAGGAGAGGGUCUCGGAUUGCCAGAGGGAUCCCCCCUGCGGGGAGUGCAGCGGCUGCCACCCCCUGGAGCUGGUGGGCAGGGGCCCCGCAACGCGCCUGCCACAAUAUCCCACCCCCCUGUCCCUGGAGCAGAUGGAAGAGGGGCUGCACGGCGGGCAGGCCAUGGACCUGGCCUGCAAUAAUUACCACAUGAAACAAUUCCUAGAGGCCCUGUUGCGCAACAGCUCGGCUCAGAGAAAGGAUGAUGUGGUUCAUCACUUUGUCCGGGGCUUUGAGGGUAGGCCAGAGGAUGCAGGGGUAGCCAUGAGUUCCAUGAUGGACAUUCACAGCGACUGGUAUGGUGAGGACACAGGUGAUGUGUUAGUUGUGCCCAUCAAGCUUCACAAGUGUCCGUUCUGCCCCUACACGGCCAAGCAGAAGGGGAUUCUCAAGCGGCACAUCCGCUCCCACACCGGGGAGAGGCCCUAUCCCUGCGAGACCUGCGGGAAGCGCUUCACGCGGCAGGAGCACCUCCGGAGCCACGCUCUGAGUGUGCAUCGAUCAAAUAAGCCAAUCAUCUGUAAAGGCUGCAGGAGAACAUUCACCAGCAGCUUGUCCCAAGGGUUACGACGCUUUGGUUUGUGUGACAGCUGCACCUGUGUGACCACCACGCACGAGGACUCGAUGCCCAUCAACCUCAGCCUGAUGGAGCCUUCAUCAGAGGGCCAAGAGAAGGGGGAUGCUGAUAAUGAUUGGCCCAUCUAUGUGGAGUCUGGAGAGGAAAACGAUCCUGCUGAUGAUGAGGAUGGUGACGACAAGCAGGAAAUCCACAGGAGUUUAUCAGACCGAGAAACACUGAUGUAGCAGUGGAGGAGAGGGGGAGGAUUGAAAGAGUCUCCCUGGCAGUGGUUGGUCUGCAACAGACAAGUGCAUAUCUGCCCAGUUAGUGAGGCUGUGCUGGGUUUUAUUAUUCCUUUUUUUUUUUUUUUAAUAGAAGAGUG